ACCCACGUAAAUUGUUACCGCUGUUUCCCAUAUAAAUGGCAAGCCAUAAAGGCCGAGUUCUAGAAAACUUGUUUAAUCAAGCUGAGGUUAUUUGGUGACAUCAUCGCCAUUUUGAUACAGGGAUUAAACCAGAAUGAACGUGUUUAGAUCAGUAUACAUACUCACAAGCUUAACAUAUGCCUAUGGUCUCGAUGCUAUGGACAUUGAUAUAAUUUUGCAAACGCACAAUGACUUCAGACGGAAUUUUGCAAAUGGAUUAUAUGGCUCAUUUGCAGCAAACAUGAAGAAGUUGGACUGGUCAACAGAUCUACAGCUUCAGGCUCUACUCUCACUGGAAUGUGCGUUAGCUAUCACCCAGCCAUCUGGGCCAUUCAAUACCCAUACUAAUAUCGGCGUUAGCUCUAAAGGAAAUAUCACAAAUAUGAUGAGGUCAUGGAUGUUAGAAAGUCGAUACUUCAACCCACAGAUCAACAGUUGCAAUAAUAUUCAACAUUGCAAGAAUUUCUUGACGAUGGUGCACGGUCAGCACAGAACCGUUGGAUGUGCAUUCACGGACCGCUGUCGUUUCAGUAAUGCUCGUGUGAAUUUGCUCGUUUGCAAGUAUGGCGGAAGCGAGGAUGCGAUGGUGCCUUUCUUUAAACCCGGACUCCCAUGUACAAAAUGUAAUGGCGACACAUCAUUUUGUGACCAUGGUCUUUGUGUUCCCUGCACAAAAACACCUUCUGAAUGCGACUGUCGAAAGACGUGUAACAAACCCAACAUUGGUGUUGGUUCUCUUGACAACAUAACAUGUUCCUGCUCCUGUUCAUAUGGAUUGGGACCUAACUGCGAUGAGGAUUGUGUGAACCCCGAAAUGUACGAGGACUGGGACAUAUGCUCUGAAAUCACGGAGCAAGAUUGCCGAAUUGAUAGGGCUAUGCUCGAGGAGAUGUGUCCCGUACAGUGCGCAUGCAGACGCCAUCCCAACGCAGGUGUGGCUGAUAUGGACUCUACCUCCCCUUCCGAAAAUGAUGUGUGAUUUCUAAAUCAAGAGUUGAUAUUUUCUGGCGUGGUUUUAGGGGGACGACUGAACAUCAACGAAGGAUAACCCCAAUUGUACAACAAAACAAGUAAAAAUGAUAUCGGCGUGUGAUUGCAUAAUUUAAGUAGUAUGAUCUGUCGGAUAUGAAGUUCAUGAACACGAACAAAGAAACUGUGAUAACGGAAGGUAAAUAGUUUUUAAUAUCGUUUCACUUCAUGUGUGAGUUCAGAUUCCAGCUUUAUUGUAAAUGUUGUGCAUGGUGCUUAUUGUAGGAGAAACAGUUAUGGCAAGCAUUUUGUAAACCCUAAUGAUCAACUGUUAUGGGUUCUUGUAGAUAGAAUAUGGUAUAAACAAGCCAUACCUUUUUAAAUGUCUUUUUAGAGAGUUACAAAUAUAUUUUUGAACAUUUGUAUUUCAACAAGAGAUCUAUUAUAUGACGUGCAUAUUUUCUUGAUUGACAACGUUCAGAAGCGUGCCAGGAUGUUUAGACUGCACAUUUGAGUUAACAAUACUACAUUCUGUAUCUAGUUGUAGUUUCACACCGACAAGCGGUCUACCAGACCACAUGGAACUUUCGUAAAUAACCGCCAGGUUGUUAGUAUUUGAUUAUUGAAUAUUUGCUUUUAUGAAAUUGACCAUUUCCACACGUGUAAUAAAGCUUAUUAACUGUC